UGAAACAAAACCUUUGUGUCUUUGUUCAGUUAGCAAUGCCACGUUGAGUUCCAUUUGUUGAAUGCCAAAAAUAGCAAACCGAACUAAAGCAACAUUAAAAGGACAAACAUCCUGAAAAAAGUUUUAAGGUUUGAGUCCAAAAUUUUAGUGAGAAAGCAAUAAAUGUGAGGGAAUCCAAGUUGAGAUUGCAUAUUUGGAGUGUUUAUUAAUGUCAGUCAAUUUUUUCCCAAUUUUGGUCCUAAAUUUGAGUAUAUAUACAAACCCCACUUUGUAUAAACUCUCACACCAUCAGCAUUUGCUGUCUGAGUUUACCUCUUUUUUUUUUUUUUUCUUUGAGUGUUGUUUAUUUCGGGGGUUUUUGAGAAAGGGAUUUUGAUCAAAGAUUCUUGAGUUUUCGAGGCUGCUUGGAGUGAAUGGUUUUGUGAAAAUGGCUGACUCUCCGUCUUCUUCUUCUUCCCAGAAAGAAAUAGAGGAGGGGCUAAAAGAAUGUGGGAUUAGUCUAAACAAUCUUCCUUCUUCCACUGAAGAACUCAUCACUCUUCUGGAUAAGGUCGAAUCUGUAUUGUUAAAGGUAGGUCAAGCCCCUACCGAUUCAAUAAAAGAUGCCCUUCAACCGGUAAUGAAAGCCAUGGUUGGAGAUGAACUGUUAAAGCACAGUGAUGUGGAUGUCACAGUUUCUGUGGUAUCUUGCAUCAAUGAGCUUGCUAUAAUAUCUGCCCCGCUUCAACCCUAUGAUGAUGUACUAAUGAAGGAAAUUUUCCAACUUACCAUAAGGGCAUUUGAAGAGCUGUCUAAUUCAGGCCGCUCUUAUCAUAAGGCUGUGAAUGUUCUUCGAAGCGUGGCAGAAGUCAAGGCCAGUGUUUUGUUGCUGGACCUUGAAUGUGAUGCACUGGUAAUGGAGAUGUUCGAGAUGUUUCCAAGGAUCAUCAGGCCCGACCAUCCUAAUGUAGUAUUCACAAGCAUGGAAGUAAUCAUGACUCAGCUCAUUGAAGAAAGUGAUGAAAUCAAAAUGGAGCUUCUUCAGCCCCUUCUUGAUAGCCUCAGAAAGGAAAAUCAGAUCUGGUCACCUAUCUCAUCAAAGUUGGGAGAGAAGGUCCUGAAAGAAUGCGCUUCCACCGUUAGACCUUGUCUUCUAGAAGCCCUCAAGUCAGGAACCAUGAAUCUUGAUGAUUACGUUGAUAUAGUUGCCUCAAUAUGCAGAACGCCUGGGGGAGAAGAAAUGAUGGAAAACAAAAAUGCGACUGAUGCUGUGUCUCCUAUAAAAGUUGGUCCAUCUGCUUCUGUUAUCAGUGAGACACUGCCAGAGGAUGGAGCGCCUUUAAAUAACGAUGGCACCUUUUUGAAAACAUUACAGCAUUGCAGUCAUGAUGAACAUAAGGGCACAUCAGGUAGCAAAAGAAAAUCAUGUCAGAGAUCAAGGAAGAGCAGGUCUGUUUUGAAAGGUGCUGUGGACACCACUUCUGGUCUUAACAUUGUGAAAAGAGAAGGGAACUUUACUGAUGCUGAGGAGUCAUCAGUGAAACAAAUUGAUGAAAAGAAACAGAAGAAUGACAGAGCUACAAUUGAGAUUCAUGAUAUAGAGGAAUCGGGAGAUGAGAAAAUUAAACUAGCAUUUGGGGAUGAAAAUCCCUCCAGCGAACUUGCCAAGCCAAAACGCAGGAGGAAGCUUUCUGUGAAAAAGGAUGAGGAUUCAAAAAGGCGUCGCUUCACCAAAAAAUAUGGAGAAGAAAUAGUUGGUACCAGAAUAAGAGUCUGGUGGCCCUUGGACCGAAUGUUCUAUGAGGGUGCAGUUUCUACAUUUGAUCCUGUGAAUAAGAAGCAUCAGAUCACUUAUGAUGAUGGUGAAACGGAAAUCUUGAAUCUGAGUAAGGAACGGUUUGAGAUUCUUGAAGACAAUCCAUCUGACAAGGAGCACGAAGCAGACCUUCAAUGCAAUGCUGUUUCAUCUGUUCCCAGAUCCACGAAGAAGAAAGCAAAAAGAAACUCCUCGAUAAAAAAGAAACCUGGAAUCUCUUCAUCCAAAAGGUCUAAAAAGAAUCCCCAAAAGAGUGACAUUGAGUGCAUGGAUAUUCCAAUUCCAGAUAAGAUGAAUGAUGCUGCUGACGUUGGUUGUGAAACUAGCAGUGGAAAAAAAGAACGUGUGGACAAGGAAGAUAAUGAUAUCAGGCAGAAACAGGGAUCCGAGGCUUACAAAGUUCUCUUAGAGAGAUCAUUGCUUGAAGACCAUCCAUCUGACAAGAAUCGUGAAACAGAUCUUCAAAGCAAUGAUGUUUCAGCUGUUGUAUCCACAGAGAAAGCAAAAAUAAUCUUCUCAAUAAAAAAGAAACCUGGUGUCUCGUCAUCCAAAAGGUCUAAAAGAAAUCCCCAGAAGAGUGAUAUUGUGUCCAUGGAUAUUCCAAUUCCAGAUAAAACGAAUGCUGCUGCUGACAUUGGUUAUGAAACAAGCAGUGGGAAGAAAGAUUCUGUGGACAAGAAAGAUAACGAUAUCUCACAGAAACGGAGGUCCAGGACUCCCAAAAUUGCCGUAGAGAACUCGUUGACUCUUGAAGACCAUCUAUCUGAUAAGUAUGUACAGAAGCAUGAAACAGAUCUUCAAAGCAAUGUUGUUUCAUCUGUUCCAUCCAUGAAGAAGAAAGCAAAAAGGACCACCUCAAUAAAAAAGGAACCCGGGAUCUCGACAUCCAAAAGGUUUAAAAGAAAACCCCAAAAGAGUGACAUUGAAUCCCUGGAUAUUCCAAUUCCAUAUCCGAUGAAUGAUGCUGCUGAUGUUGGUUGCAAAACAAGCAGUGGGGAUAAAGAACAUGUGGAUAAGGAAGAUAAUGAUAUCACACAGAAGCAGAGAUCCAAGACUUGCAAAGCUGCCUUAGAUUGCUCUUUGGCACUUGAAGACCAGCCAUCUGACAAGAAGCCUGAAGCAGAUCUUCAAAGCAAUGAUGUUUCAUCUUCUCUAUCCACGAAGAGGAAAGCAAAAAGAACCUCCUCAAUAAAAAAAGAAUCAGUAUCUUCAUCCAAAAGGUCUAAAAGAAAAGCCCAAAAGAGUGGCAUUGAGUCCCUGGAUGUUUUAAUUCCAGAUGAGGUGAAUGAUGCAUCAGAUGUUGGUUGCAAAAUGAUUGUAUCUUCAUCCAAAAGGUCUAAAAGAAAAGCCCAAAAGAGUGACAUUGAGUCCCUGGAUGUUUUAAUUCCAGAUGAGAUGAAUGAUGCAUCUGCUGUUGGUUGUGAAACAAGCUAUGGGGAUAAAGAACGUCUGGAUAAGGAAGACAACAUGAUCACAGAAGCCGAGUCCAAGACGUUAGAAGUUGUGCCUUAGAGAGAUGCUGGUGAACUCACAAAGUUGUCAUAACGAAGGAAGCUAAAAUAUAAAGAUGAUAAAAGUUUUAUUCGGGAAGAAGACAGUAGUCAUUUUUCAUUACCUGUUUAAAUUUGAAAGUGUUGUAUCAUUAUUGAAUCUCAUAGCUCCUCUUAACUUUGAAAGCUAUGAGACCCUUAGUUAGUUAAAGCGGUUUAUUUGAAUGAAUAGUUGGAGCAUUCCUCCAACUACUUCUUGCUGCUA